AGCACACUUCUUUCAUAUCUUCGCAAACUGAAGUAGAUGACCACAGUUUCUGUGGCGCCCAUCAACGGAGCUUUAUAAAUAUUUCUUGAUACCUAAAGAUUUAAACAAUGAGAUUUGGUGCAUUUACUCUCCUAAUUUGCCUCCUGGUCGUCAGCAGCUUGGCCUUCCCAGAUCACAGGCAUAAACAUGGUCAUGGUAGAAGAGGUCAUGGCAGGCAUGGAAAGAGACACCACCGUUCCCUAGGAAGUAGCUACCUGCCUCCAAGUACUGGAGGGCACGGCAGCUCUUCUGGAGGUGGUGGGCCAUCUGGCAGUGGAGGAUACGGAGGAUCUUCCGGGGGUGGGUCAUCUGGUAGUGGAGGAUACGGAGGGUCUUCCAUGGGUGGGUCAUCUGGUGGUGGAGGAUAUGGAGGGUCUUCCGGGGGUGGGUCAUCUGGCGGUGGUUCAUCUGGCGGUGGAGGAUAUGGAGGGUCUUCCGGGGGUGGGUCAUCUGGCGGUGGUUCAUCUGGCGGUGGAGGAUAUGGAGGGUCUUCCGGGGGUGGGUCAUCUGGCGGUGGUUCAUCUGGCGGUGGAGGAUACGGAGGGUCUUCCAUGGGUGGGUCAUCUGGUGGUGGAGGAUAUGGAGGGUCUUCCGGGGGUGGGUCAUCUGGCGGUAGUUCAUCUGGUGGUGGAGGAUAUGGAGGAUCUUCCGGGGGUGGGUCAUCUGGCAGUGGAGGAUACGGAGGGUCUUCCAUGGGUGGGUCAUCUGGUGGUGGAGGAUAUGGAGGGUCUUCCGGGGGUGGGUCAUCUGGCGGUGGCUCAUCUGGCAGUGGAGGAUACGGGAGGGUCUUCCGGGGGUGGGUCAUCUGGCAGUGGAGGAUACGGAGGGUUCUUCCAUGGGCUGGAUGGGGUAAUAUGGUGGUGGAGGAUAUGGAGGGUCUUAAUACGGGGGUGGGUCAUUUUCAUGGCCCGGUGGAUUCAUCUGGCAGGGAGGAUACGGAGGGUCUUCCGGGGGGUCAUCUGGCGGGGGUAGUUCUGGUGGUGGAGGUACGGAGGUCUCCGGGGGCUUUCUGGUGGAUCUGGCAGUGGGAGGACGGGGGAUCUUCCGGGGGUGGAGGUUCCUCUGGAGGCGGAUCAUCUGGCAGUGGAGGAUACGGAGGAUCUUCCGGGGGUGGGUCAUCUGGCGGUGGUUCAUCUGGCAGUGGAGGAUACGGGGGAUCUUCCGGGGGUGGGUCAUCUAGUGGUGGAGGAUAUGGAGGUUCCUCUGGAGGUGGUUCAUCUGGCAGUGGAGGAUUCGGAGGAUCUUCUGGGGGUGGGUCAUCUGGUGGUGGAGGAUAUGGAGGUUCUUCUGGAGGCGGUUCAUCUGGCAGUGGUGGGCAAGGUUAUGGAAAAUAA